AUGAGGCUCAUCAUCAGACCUGAUAGUGUAUCAGCAUCUGCCCAUGUUGCACACUACAUCCUCGACCGUAUUAGAACCUUCGAGCCAACGACAGAGAAGCCAUUCGUUCUCGGAUUGCCUACGGGUAGCAGUCCGAUCCAGAUCUACGAGAUCCUCGUUGCAGAGCACAAGGCCGGCCGCAUUUCGUUUGAAAAUGUCAUAACCUUCAACAUGUACGUCGGCCUGCCACAAACACAUCCCGAGUCAUACCACAGCUUCAUGUUCCGCCACUUCUUCUCACAUGUCGACAUUAAGCCCGAGAAUGUUCACAUUCUUGACGGCAACGCAUCUGACUUGGAUGCCGAGUGCGCCUCCUACGAGGAAAAGAUCAGAGCUGCUGGCGGCAUUGACCUCUUCCUCGGGGGCGUCGGCCCGGACGGCCACAUCGCUUUCAAUGAGCCUGGUUCAAGUCUGGCGUCUCGUACGAGAGUGAAGACCUUGGCGAUGGAUACAAUACGCGCAAAUGCCCGAUUCUUUGGUGGUGAUUUGAACAAGGUCCCGCAGAUGGCUUUGACUGUUGGCGUACAGACAGUGAUGGAGGCAAGAGAAGUAGUCAUUAUCGUGAACGGAGCCAGCAAGUCAAUCGCUCUCCAAAAGGCCAUUGAGGGAGGCGUGAAUCACAUGUGGACGCUGUCGUGUUUGCAAUUGCACCCCUACUCAAUGAUCGUUGCAGACGAGGACGCAACAUUGGAGUUGCAGGUCAAGACAGUCAAGUAUUUCAAGAGCAUUGAGAAAGUCGGACUCGGAAAAGGUUUCGAGCAGAAGCUGCCUUUGAGAUUGAGGACCACGUCGCUUGCCAGCCCUCCUCAGACGCCCCAAACACCGUCUAAUGCAAAGACGACGUUUGAUGUGGACCACUUGGUGGAGUUGACGCCAGAUAGCAUGUCGUCUCGCAUCGCUUCAUGGCCUGUAAUCUAA